AUGUCGACGAAGUUAAUAGAGAAAAACGAUCAACAACAGAAAAAUUAUGUUUAUUAUGGUCCAAUUCGAUGUUAUUUUCGUCGAAAACAUGCGCCAACUUUAUCCACAGGAAGACGUUCGAAAUUUGAACAAGUGAGUGACGAAGAACGAUUAAAACGAGAUAUAAGACGAGAAAGAAAUCGUUUAUUAGCAAAAAAAUUAAAAGAAAAAAGAGAAAAAAUUCUGACGGAUUUACUUGAACAAGUGAAACAAUUAGAAGAAAAUGAAUUUCUUAUGCAAAAUUUAAUUAAUGAACUUCAAUCACAAAAAAAUAAUUUAAUUCUUCAAUUGGAUAAUUUCAACCAAGAAUCAUUUGACGAACAAUUCGAUGAUCUUUUUGAUUUACCAUUUGAUCUUCUCACUGAUGAUACAACAUCAAUUGAUUCUUUUCUUGAUUAA